GGCGGAACCGGCGGGCGGGGCGCGGACCUCGGCUCCCGGAGCGAGGAGGGCCGGGUGGGUGUCCUCCGAUUGGGGUGCUCCCGUGCCCGGGUCUUGCGUCCCCCGCGCCCCCGCCAUGCGCCCACCUCGCCCCUGCGCCGCGCUGCUUGCCCUCCUGGCCGCGUACCUCGCGGCCGCCGAGGCUCCGCACCUGGUGCGCGUGGACGCGGCCCGCGCGUUGCGUCCCCUGCAGCCCUUCUGGAGGAGCACCGGCUUCUGUCCCCCACUGCCGCACAGCCAGGCUGACCGGUAUGACCUCAGCUGGGACCAGCAGCUCAACCUGGCCUACGUGGGUGCCGUCCCUCAUGGUGGCAUCGAACAGGUUCGGACCCACUGGCUGCUGGACCUCAUCACGGCCAGGGGGUCAGCCAGGCAGGGCCUGAGCUACAACUUCACCCACCUGGACCGGUACCUGGACCUUCUCAGGGAGAACCAGCUCGUCCCAGGCUUUGAGCUGAUGGGCAGCCCCUCCGGACGCUUCACUGACUUUGAGGACGAGCGGCAGGUGUUCGAGUGGAAAAACCUGGUUUCCCUCCUGGCCAGGAGAUACAUCGGUAGGUACGGCCUCAAGCACGUUUCCAAGUGGAAUUUCGAGACGUGGAACGAGCCGGACCACCACGACUUUGACAACGUGUCCAUGACCUUGCAAGGCUUCUUGAACUACUACGACGCCUGCUCCGAGGGUCUGCGAGCCGCCAGCUCGGCUCUGCGCCUGGGCGGCCCCGGAGACUCCUUCCACCCGCUGCCGCGCUCCCCGCUCUGCUGGGGCCUCCUGGGGCACUGCCACAAUGGCACCAACUUCUUCACCGGGGAGGUGGGCGUGAGGCUGGACUACAUCGCCCUCCACAAGAAGGGCGCGGGCAGCUCCAUCUCCAUCCUGGAGCAGGAGGCGGCGGUCGUGCGGCAGAUACAGCGGCUCUUCCCCAAGUUCGCGGACACCCCCGUUUACAACGACGAGGCCGACCCGCUGGUGGGCUGGUCCCUGCCGCAGCCCUGGAGGGCCGACGUGACCUACGCUGCCAUGGUCGUGAAGGUCAUCGCACAGCACCAGAACCUGCUGGUGGCCAACACCAGCUCCUCCGUCCGCUACGCGCUCCUAAGCAACGACAACGCCUUCCUGAGUUACCACCCGCACCCCUUCUCUCAGCGCACGCUCACCGCGCGCUUCCAGGUCAACGACACGCGCCCGCCGCACGUGCAGCUGCUGCGCAAGCCGGUGCUCACGGCGAUGGCCCUGCUGGCCCUGCUGGACGACGAGCAGCUCUGGGCUGAGGUGUCGCGGGACGGGACGGUGCUGGACAGCAACCACACGGUGGGCGUCCUGGCCAGCACCCACCACCCCAUGGGCCCUGCCGACGCCUGGCGCGCCACGGUGCUGGUCUACGCGAGCGACGACACCCGCGCCCAUGCCAACCGCAGCGUACCCUUGACUCUGAGCCUGUACGGGGUGCCCCCGGGCCCGGCAUCCCGCUCCGCAGAGGUCGUCUUUGUCCAGCUCUACAUGGACAACUGGCUCUGCAGCCCCUACGGCGAGUGGCGGCGCCUGGGCAGGCCCGUCUACCCCUCUGCUGAGCAGUUCCGGCGCAUGCGCGCGGCCGAGGACCCGGCGGCCGUGAUGCCGCUCCCUUUUCCCAGCAGCGGCCGCCUGACGCUGCGCCCAGCGCUUCCUCUGCCCUCGCUCUGGCUGGUGCACGUGUGCGCGCGCCCGGAGGAGCCGCCGGGGCAGGUGACCCGGCUCCGUGCUCUCCCCUUGACCCGCGGGCAGCUGCUUUUGGUCUGGUCCGAUGAGCGUGUGGGCUCCAAGUGCCUGUGGACCUACGAGAUCCAGUUCUCCCUGGAGGGCGUGGUGUACCUGCCCAUCAACAGGAAGCCUUCGACUUUUAACCUCUUCGUGUUCAGCCCAGACACGGCUGUCGUCUCCGGCUCCUACCGGGUUCGUGCUGUGGAUUACUGGGCCCGACCAGGCCCCUUCUCGAGCCCCGUGUGGUACCUGGGGGUCCCUGCCCCGUGAGGGCCACUGCUGCCCCGCGACUGGACCUGUGCUGACCGUAAGCCUGGGCGGCCAGAAGCCAUGCUGGGCCAGAGUGCCGUCAGCCGGUCAUCCCCUCUGUUUGUCCCCUCCUGCCCCUCAUUCACCCCCUUAAAGUGCCUUUCCACGCACAGUAAUGGGGACGGCCUUCGUGGUGGGCACUGGGCAGACACGAGGCCUGGCUGGAGUGAGGCCAUCCCCGCCUCGCCCCACCCCUGCCUGUGGGAGCCGGGAUGGGACUCGGGUCGAGCGCAGACAGGUGUGAGUUGCCACUGGGGUGCCCGCCCUGCACGCCUGGGGUCUCUGGCGUCACUGCUGGGUGCAGCAGGCCCCAUUCCCAGCCCCUGCGCCGGGAGGGCCCAGAGGGUUCCCACUUCCUGAGGCCCAGCCAGGCUGCCCCCUGCACCCUGCCUGGCCCAGACUGUCCCCAGUGGCAGGGGAGGCCGACAGUGUCCACUCCUGUGGUCAUCUGGGCUCCUUAUCUGGGUCCAGGAGAAAGCAGCACGCCCAGACGAGGGCGACUUGGGGACUGUGGAUGGACAUGUGGACGGGGGCAGGGAAGCCACAAGGGGUGGUGUGGAGCCCUGGGGCUCCUCCCCAACCCCCCACGCCCACCCCAGGCCACCUGGUGAGGCCAUGUGGCGAGGAGCGGGGGUGCAGCCAGUCUGGAGCGAUGCAAGCGGGAGUGGGGGCCCCGACCCACCCUCCUCUCUCUGCUGCCCUCCGAGCGGCCUGGGCUCAGGGAUGGGUGAGGCAGGCCUGGCAGGGCACAUGCAAGGCAAGGCCCAGUCACCCCCGGCUCCUGUCCGCAUGGAAAGGGCGGGGCACCAGGGCCCACCAGCAGCCUCAUCCUGGGCUGGGGAUGUCAGUGUGAGCAUUCUCCACCUGAACCCCAAAGCCAGCACCUGUCCCCAUCGCCCUUGGCCGCUGGGGAGGCUUCAGGGCUUGGUGCCUGGGGCCCCGUUGUUACAUACAAGGGGUGCUGGGGUGCCCGGUGGGCCCCCGGUCUCUGGGCGUUGUUUUCCUGCCUCAUCAGGAAGCUCUGGCUGGAUGCGGCUACGUGACCAAGCACCACGGUGGGCAGGCGGCCCGUACAGCAGAGGCUCAUUCUCUCACAUCCUGGAGGCCGCAGCCUGAGGACAGGGGUUCCUCCUGAGGGCGCUCUCCUUGCCUUGCAGACGGCCGCCUCCUCCCCGUGUCCUCACAGGGUCGUCCCUUUGUGUGUGUCUGUGUCCUGAUCUCGUCUUCUUAUAAGGACACCAGCCAUGUGGGAUUCAGGCCCACCCAUAGGACCUCAUUUGAAUCACCUCUUUAAAGCUCCCUCUCCAAAUAAGGUCACAGUCUGAGGUACUGGGGAUGAGAACGUCAGUGUAUGAAUCGGAGGGAUCCAGUUCAGUCGGUAACGAGCACCAACCCUAUUUCUCUGCGGUGGUAGGAAUGCAUCACCCCGGCGUUAAAGCAGCCUCUUCUUUUUGGGAUACAGACUGCUAUAUAUAAAAUAUAAACAAUAGGCCCUACUGUAUAGCACAGGGAACUAUAUUCAAUAUCUUGUAAUAAACCGUAAUAGGAAAGAAUAUGAAA